UAUCCGUUGACAGAGUCGGUCCUAGAGUCGAGAGUCCCGCCAGAUCGCGCGCGCCAUCAUUUGGGUGACAGAGAAGUGCGUGUGCGGAUGGAGUGUUCUCGUGGGGGUGGUCAAAAGAGGGGCGAUCGUGUUGUUGGUUGGAACUGAUCCGACGUUCUAUUUUCGAUAUUACCAUCCAUCUGUGUGCUGUGUGUACGGAGAGUGAAAACAGAGGAAAAUAUUCAAACGAAUUUCGUUUUUGCACCGCCGGUCGUUGCGGCCAGUUACGGGGAAAGUGCGGGAUUUGGGGUCUCGGGGAAUUUGUUUCUGCGCAUCACAUCGUACUGGCGCGAUCAGCUAGUGCCCGCUUGGAAUCAAGCGGCAGCAGCUGACGCGAGGACACAUUGCGUUUGGGAGGGGGGAGAUUAGCAGAGGUCCCAUGCCAUGAUGUGAAGAGUUGGUGAUCGCGGUGAUCGCGGAUUUUCCAAAUCGGUGUUUCUCAGUGCGAAGUUCUCGCGUGUGAAUAUGACCGAGUUUAAGAAAGUGUGUACACAAUUUCGUUUGAUUUCAAGCGGCAGCAGAAUAUAAUCAGUGAAAAAAGUGGUUAUGUGAUUCAAAUAGAAGAAAGAUCUUCAAGUGAAAAUUGAAGUGAGGAAAAGAGUGAAAAGUUGCAGUUGGAUGCGAAGCAAUAGGUUUUCCAGUGAAAUUUUGAACCGAAACAAUGCCUCUGUAUUCCGAGAUGUAUCACAACUACAUCGGCAACACACCGGUGAUCCCGUCAUCGAAGUUGUCGAACCACUACAUCCCACCGAGUUACGUGGGUAUAUCCAGGGGGUUCACAAGCCCAAUAACGACAACCCGGACGCCAUCCUUCUCGCGUGGGUACAUCCCAAAACUAACCCCAAUAACGGAAACCCCGCUCAAGGCAGCCCGGGUGACGGCUCUGACGCGUGUUAGCUCGCCGAAAUUUACGCCGAGCCAUUCUUCGCCGACCUACCAGAAGCCACGACGUGUCAUCAACACCGCGGACAUUGACGUUUCGGCCAGUCGCUACGGGGCCCGAGAAAGCACCCCCAAAUGGGAACGCUAUCUGUCCUCAUCUCCGACCACAUCCGCUUCCGCUCCGACGGAUUCGAACAACAACUCGAUCGUGAGCGCUCGGGAGCAGGAACUCAUCGAGCGCAAUGAGCAACGGAAGGCUCGUUCCGCGAUUAACCGCAACCGAACCGUCGUUCGGUUGAACACGAUUCGUGCACGGAGUAAGUCCCGCGGAAGUCGGGGCAGUACCGAGCGCAAGUCUCCUCGUCAGAGUGAGAAGGAGAAGUCCUUCCAGGAGGAAAUGCUCUACAAAGAACCCCAGCCAAAGUCUACCUCGUGGAGAGACCAAUUCCGGGAGGAGAUUCCGCUCCGAUCGAAGAAGCCGGUGGAGCCGAUCAAAAGUCCUGGUGAGCUUCUGCUAGAGAAGCACCUCAUUCGCGACGAAGACGAACCAAUUGUGAUCGAGGAAAUUAUCCUUGAACCACCGACCAUAAAGCGCCGGGCCACUAUCCGAAGAAAAAGUGCUGUGAAAAUUCCCAGCUUCCACGAGAUCUGCUCCGACAUAAAUUCGGACAGGCUGGAUGACGACUUGAACGCCGGAGAACUUCGCCGACGAGCAUCGCAAAUCAUCGAAGACGAAAUCGCACAGUUCCAGCAGGAACUGGAGAUAACCAAUGGCGUCAUAAACGAGAAUCUUGGCGAUCGACUGAAGGAAGCCAUUGAGCAGCAAAUCUCCGACUCGGGCGUUGAGUUCCCCGAGAAAAAGAAGCUGAAGAAAAUUAAGCGCACCAAAAACAAACCGCUCCCGAUGCUGGACGCGCAGGAUAACGUGAUCUACGAUCAACCUGAGCCGCCCAGUACCGCCAUCAAGAUCUUCGUGGACGAUGCGACCAUCGAGAGCUCGGUCACGCCGAAAAUCAUGGCCGAGGUGGAGUCAAUCGAGGAGUGCACAGUGUUCAAGUUUCCGAAGAAGAAGAAAAAAAUCACGGUGGUGUCCGAAGGCGGCGAAGAAAGCGAAGCACCGAAACCAGCGAAGAAGACAGUGAAAAAGACAGACGUUAUGCCGAUCGAACAGAAGUCGACUCCGGCGCCGGUACAAAUGGUGGAGGUGGUUAUCGUGGACAAACCGGAUCCCAGGCAGGCACUCUGUGAACCGAAACAAAAGACAACCGGCGAGGAGAGUGGAAAGUUUGAGCAGCCCAGACCACCCGGAGAGGUGAAGCCGAGACCACCGGAUGGUGAAUGUCAGGUUGGGUCAGCUGGGAAGAAGUCUGAACCAAAGACACAAGUUACCGGAAAAGCUUCAGCUCAAAAGACGUUGCAAGAGAAAGAUACGAACACAACGAAGAAGUUGGCACCUAAAUUCCUGAGAAAAGUUGAUGGAAACGAUGAUGAGCAGAAGCGAACGAUUGAAAAGACUGAACCCAAAAUUUUGGAGAAGAGCAAUGCGGUAAAAGAUCCGGAAACUCCCACCGAGCCAUCCGAAAAGAAGAAUGAACAACCUUCUUCCCCAAAAUCGAGCAAGGCAAUUAUAGACACCACGAAGGACACUGAAUCACCGAAUACAGAUGUAUCGAUCGUGGAUGUCGUAACUCAAAGCAAACCAGCAGGUACUGGUGACAAAAAGACAACCCCGGGGAAGCCUGAUGAUGAUGUUUCAAAGAACCCCAAAGCGUUGGAUUUGAAGAGCGCUCCAUUGAAGCAACUCACUGAAGAUCACACUCCAGCGAACCUUACCGAAGGUACUGCAGCAAAAGCAACCAAGCUAAAGGUCGGGGAAACCUCAAAACCGGUUAAAAAAUUGGAAGCCUUGAAAAUUCCCGACUGCAUAAAUGCGAAUCCCAAGGAAUCUGCACAGCCGGCUGCUUUGGACUCCAGGAAACCUGAACAACUGAGGUCAGGUGCUUCAGAACCACAGUUGGAAGCUGUUAAAAAGUCUGCGGCAGCUCCGAAGUCAAAUAUGAUCACGCCCAAGACUGAGACAGAUGAAGUGGAAUCCUUGGGGUCUCCUAAACUCGCGGAAAAUGUCCAAAACGCAGCUGGAGAGGCAGCAAUCGGGAAAAAAUCAGAUGACUUGGAAGCUAGAAAGUCUUCGGAAGCUACGAAGUCGAAUAUGAUCACGCCCAAGACUAAGAUAGAUGAAGUGAAAGCCUUGGGGUCUCCUAAACCCGCGGAAACUACCCAAAAUGCAGCUGGAGCAGCUAAAGCGCACGUAAUUGACAAAAAAUUAAGUGAUUUGGAAACUAUGAAGUCUUCGGAAGCCUCAAAGUCAAAUAUGAUUACGUCCAAGACUGUGGAAAAUGAAGUAAAAGCCUUGGGGUCUCCUAAACCCGCAGAAACAACCCAAAACGCAACUGGAGCAGCAGCAGCGGUUGCAGUUGGCAAAACGACAGAAGAUUUGGUAACAAAGAAGUCUUCGGAAGCUCCGAAGUCAAAUAUGAUCACGUCCAAGAUUGAGAAAGAUGAAGUGAAAGCCUUGGAGUCUUCUAAACCCGUGGAAACAACCCAGAACGCAGAAGCGUCUAUCAAAAAACCUCUUCAGGCCCCCGUGGAUCCUUCAAAGUCAAAUCCGGAAGCACCAAAGCCAGAACCGGAGAAAGCGCCGGCUUCAGAGAAAGAUAAACCCAAAGAAGUAGCCGCCGUAAAACCUACCGAAGAGCCUCCGAAACAACACCCGCAGAAAAAAGCGGCAGAAGCGCUCAAAACAGAAAGCAAACCGAAACCAGCGAUCAAGCCACGCAAAAAGAUCGUGCCCGAGCAACAGUUUCCCGCUCAACAAAAACCGCAACAGCCGGCGGAGCAGGAGGAGGACGUGGAUUUCUGGAGUAACAUAGGAACCCGGGAAACCAUAUCGUUUGCUCGUCGGAAGCAAGUCAUCGAACGCCGCAAUCAGAUGGUGACCCUGAGAUUCAACGACGGAUCCGGUCAGGGUUUGGUCAGCGCACCGGAGCCGUCCGUGGAACCUAAAUCAAAGCUGUUCACAACGAAAAUGAUGAAGUCACCUCCACCCAGGGAGAGUGGGGAAGCGUCUAUGCCACAGUGGCCAAAGCCAGAGUCAAGCGAGGAUAAGCCGGAUGGACGAUCGACACAGACACCCGAUGUAGCGGUGGCCAAGAAGGCGUUUGAGGUUACGCGAGUUAAGAUCGAUGACGUGAAGACCUGUCACGAUCCUAAAGAGGUCCGGAAGGAGGUGGCCGCUCUCAAUAAAAGUGAAACUUCUUCCCCAGAGUUGAAGAAAAAGACGAACACGGAUGAUUCAUCAGCUAAGAAGCCGAUAAAAACGCCGACGAAGUUGCAACAGGACGUGGACCCUAAAACAAAUCAAGAAGAAACGAUGGGAAAGACGCCAGUCGCCUCCCAAAAGCUGGUGGAUGCACAGAUAGAAGCAUUGGAGGAGAAAAACAAACAUUCUGAGGCUGAAAAACAUAGCGAUGCUCUUCUGAAGGCAAACACCUCCGGAAGCACCCCAGACAAACCAUCGGAAUUGAUCAAGCAAAGCCUGGAUGGAAAAACUCCCAAGGAGCCAUCACAACCGACCUUAAAUAAGUCGAUUCCUGGAGAGCAAACUAAAGAAAAACCACAGGCUCCCAAAGGGCCACCAGAACUGGCCUUAAAUAAGUCGGUUCCAGAACAAGAAACUAAAGAAGAAUUACAAGCUCUCAAGGAGUCACCUCAACCGACUUUAAAUAAGUCGGUUCCAGGAAAAGUAUGUAAAGACGAAUUACAAGCUCCCCGGGACCCACCACAAACGACCUUAAAUAAAUCUGUUCCAGGAAAAGUACCCAAAGAAGAGUUGUCGAAGAUCGUAAACCAGGAGUCGAGUUCUGCGAUAAAAAGAGUCGAGCCCCUUAAGGAGAAAUCGAAACUUACGACUGUAGAGAAGACACCUGAAUCUCCAAAAACUCCCUUAAUCGCUAAACAGCCAAUACCGGACGCUCCAAAAUCCCCCAAAGGUCAGCUCGAAUCCUCUCUGAAACCCCUCGAGGAAACCACGAAGAAACUACUCACCCAGAAGCUAUCACCAAAAGAAUUGAUCAAAGCGGUGGCUCCAAAUAUUGCAGCAGCGGCCGAGAAAAAACUCGCUCAAGCGAAGAAAUUUCCUGCUCCUACCCCGCCGACUGAGAAGACACCAGCACCAACCUCACCACCACCACAACCCAAACAAGUCCAACCGAUCGCGGCACAGGAAGCUCUGCAGCAGACCAAACCCAGCGAAGCCUCGGCGAUCACUGAACCUACCCCACCGAAGAAAACUGAACCCGACAAGUCGAUUCCACAACCACCAGCGGCCCCCGAGAAGAAGACGAGAAUCGUGAAAAAGGUGAUCAAGGUCGUGAAACCGAAACCGCUAGGCUCCGUCGCGGAUUCUCGGCUGGAAGCCGAACACGCCGAAGCGGAGCGCCGACGGGCACAAGAAAACAUGGAAAAAAUGAAGUCCAAGAUCAACCAGAUCACGCUGAACAUGGGCGUCAAGGUGGAGGUGGAAAUAAAGGAGUGCGCAAAGUGCCAACAGGCGACGCUUUCAGAUGCGCUUGCCGCCGCGAGCAAACAACGGCCGAAGAAAAAGCUAGCGGCAGCUAGAACUGAUAAGCAGCAGCAGCAGCCAGAGCCGAACGAGGACGGGGCAGCGUUGACGAAGAACAAAUUUGGCGCCGUUACAAAUCUCAGUGACUUAUCCACGCUGAGCGCAGGUGAUCGAUUAGUUGGUGGGGAAGUGUUGACGGGUGCAGAUCGCCAGAAGAAAGUGCUAGCUAAGGGGAAGACCAAACAAGAGACGCAACAACCGCGAUACUCUUCCAGCAGCAGCAGCAGCGAGGAGCAAGGCGAGGACACAUCUUCGGAAACCUCUUUCUCUGGCAUCGAGGACGACUGGUCAUCGGACGAGGACGAUAUGGCAAACGAUAAACCGGAAAAGAAGAAAUUCGACCCGCAGAAGCGGGUCAAACUGAACUUCGAUCAUAUGCGCAAAUGCUACUCCAAGGAGGAGAAAUCUCCGAUCGUGUUGGUGGCACGUCCGAGACCUCUGUGGAAGGUGAAGCGGCACGGACACGGACACAACCGGAAGGCGGACCUCACCAGCAGCAGUAGCAGUGGCAGCGAAGACGAGUCGGGAUCCACCUCCGAUCGAACGUCGACCGGAACCGCUUCCACGGUGGACGCCUCGUCAGAUAUCAACACCGACAGCAGUGCGAACAGCAGCCGUGGCCAAAAGAAGAAGCAAGUGGUGAAACCCAACAGCAAAUCAAGUGAUAUCUAUGACAAUCCGAUGGUGAUUCCGUUGCACACAGAACCACCCAGCAGCAGCAAGUGUUCGACGACCAGAGACGAGAACAACAAUGACAGCGCCCAGAAUGCGUCCAACGUGGAGGACGAGGAGAAUAACAAAAACCUGGGAAAUCAAGAAAUCCGUAGCACCAGCACCAGCAGCCAUGACUCGGGUUUCUGCGGCGGAGGAACGGCUCCGAUUAGCCCCAAAAAAGCAAUGGAAACAUCCUACACGUAUGCGCAAUUUCAGAAAACGGGUAAACUCACAGCUCCGGCCACGGUAAUACCCCGCUUUAGGAAAUACAACGUCGAUGAUUUCCAUUUUUUGACUGUGUUAGGGAAAGGUAGUUUUGGAAAGGUAUUUUUAGCUGAGCUAAGGAACACAGAGUACUAUUAUGCGGUGAAAUGUUUGAAGAAGGACGUCGUGCUGGAGGAUGACGACGUCGACUGCACGCUGAUCGAGCGGAAGGUGCUGGCGCUGGGUACGAAGCAUCCGUUUUUGUGCCACCUGUUUUGUACGUUUCAAACCGAUAGCCAUUUAUUCUUCGUGAUGGAGUACCUGAACGGUGGUGAUUUGAUGUUCCACAUACAGCAGAGCGGUCGCUUCACGGAAGGGCGGGCGCGAUUCUAUGCGGCCGAGAUCAUGUCCGGGCUGAAGUUCUUGCACCGGAAGGGAAUUGUCUAUCGCGAUUUAAAGUUGGACAACGUGCUGCUGGACUACGAUGGUCACGUGAGGAUAGCCGACUUCGGUAUGUGUAAGCUGGAGAUUUAUUUGGACCGGCUAGCAGACAGUUUUUGUGGUACACCGGAUUACAUGGCGCCUGAAAUCAUUAAAGGUCAGAAGUACAACCAAGCUGUCGAUUGGUGGUCGUUCGGUGUGCUGGUGUACGAAAUGCUCGUCGGACAAUCACCCUUCAGUGGUUGUGACGAGGACGAACUGUUCUGGUCGAUUUGUAACGAGAUUCCAUGGUUUCCACAUUUCCUGUCGAAGGAGGCACUCAAAUUGCUCCAGUCGCUGCUGGAGAAAGACGCCUCAAUUCGGCUAGGUUGUCUAAACACGAUAGGAGAAGAGAGUGACCCCAAAUACCACCCGUUCUUCGAUAGUAUAGACUGGCAUAAACUGGAAAGGAGGGGAUUGGAUCCCCCGUUCAAACCGCAAGUGCGACAUCCUUUGGACACACAGUAUUUCGACAAGCAGUUUACGCGAGAGAGGGCGCGACUAACGCCGAUCGAUCGCAACAUCCUGGCUUCGAUGAACCAGGCCCAGUUCGAGGGCUUUACCUACACCAAUCCGAACAACACUCUAACGAAAUUGCGGGAAAAGCACCGGAAGAAGCAAAAGAAAAUGUAUUUUUGUCCUCAAUGUGGUGAAAUGAAAGUUACGUAUAAUGUAUUUUGAAUGCGAAUGCACACACACAAAGCUUAGCUACUUACAGAGAUCGUGAAAUAAAUGAUUACAAAGUGGUGUAAUGUAUAAUUUUGUACUCUUUCUCUCUUCCUUGCCGUUCGGAGAUCGAUUCGAAACGUUGCCUCAAAUCAUUCGGACCAAUGAGUACUACAAGUAGGGACCAAAUGUAAAGGGAGCUCCCGCCGAUGACUUUCCUUGCUACCACAUUUUUGACAGCCUUAAUACUGAAUUUGUGACUGACCUCGUAACCAACGAUGCAUAUUGUUCUGUCCCCGAUACAUUAUACCAUCCCAUACACAUACACACACUCACACAUACCGCGCCCACUUAACCACAACAAUCGAAUAAAUCUGCUUUUUGACUCACUCUCACACCACAGGACUCCCGAAAUCAGCUCACACCCACUACGAGUGCUACGCUCGGAAACCUUCCGAAGACACUACAUGCUUUAGACCCCGCCACAUCCCGGCCAUGACAUACCGAUGCCGUUGCCGGUCGCUUAUGCUCUGAAUGCUGCAAAUCCCAACUAGUUUCAUUUCGAUUUUCGACGUUUUUGAUUUAAUUUUGUUCCCUGCGAGGAAGGUUCCCGCUGCAGAGGGGUGAUACAACUAUUUUUGUAGGAUUAAUUUUUGGUAACAGUUGAACACUUUGUAUGUUGUUAUUUGUAUAGGUCCUCCAUGCUGAAGCUAAUAUUGGGAGGACCUAGGAGAAAGGAAGAAACAAUAGAAUAAAUGAUAUAGACCUAAUGAAAGCAAAAAUUCUAGGGGGGGGGGAGCAAUGAAAAAUAGUUCGUUGAAUUAUGUUCUAUACCAUUUUUAUGUAUUAUAUUGGAGGAAUAAAAAUAAA